AUGGCGAUGGAGUAUUUACGAAAGCUAGACGACGCGGCCUUCGCGACUCAAGAGAUGGACCUGGUUCUGGAGCUGGAGUCGCGAGUCGAGCAGUUAGAGAGCGCAAAUAAGGAGCAGGAGAAGGAGAUAUCCUCUCUAAGAACACAGCUCUCUAUGACAGAGGAGAGUCUCCAACGCGAAAAGGAGGCGUCAGUACGUCUCUUGCAGCUGCUGCAGCAAGAGCGCGAGGCGCGAUCGGCCAUGGCGGCGGUGAGGGAGGAGGACCGGGUACUAUCGGAUGCGGAUAUGGCGGCGCUGAUGCAAAAGAACAAAGAGCUUGAGGACGUUCUCCGGAGAUUAGAGGAAGAUGUGGAGGCGAUUUCGCAGGAGAAAGAAUCCCUGAUGAAAGACAGAGACGGCAUGGCGGUGGAAUCCAGCUCGUUGUGCGAGCGGUUGGAGGAGGCGGAGGCGGCGAGCGAGAUGCUGAAGCGGGAGAACGAGAACCUCGAGGCUGAGCUGGUGGCUGCGCGCAAAUCCCGAGACACGUACUGGAACCACAGCAUCGCAUUGUACCAAGAAAAGACAAGGCUGGAGGAGCAGCUCGCGAUGAUGAAUAAAAUCACCAGCACCAUGUCGGGUUCGACUGCCAGGCAAAGGGCGGCAGCGCGCCACUCUUUAGCGGACCCGUUUGAGUUACCAGUUGACUACUCCUACCAGGACGUGCCGUCUACAGCAAACCACCAGUUCCCAGGGCCCCUGGGCGGCCUAUGCUUGUCCCCAUCCCGGGCUGAUAAUCCGUCGGUGAGAAGCUUGAAUGGGCGGGAAGGCAUCUCUGGGAGUAGGAUUCCUGGGGCAGGCACGGGAGCAAUCGCUGCCGCAGCAGCCACAGCAGCACGGCGGCAGUCGGAAGCUCCUGGCUCGGGGGGAGGCGGGGGAGGGGGAAGAACCGGAAGCGGGGGAGGAGGGGGAGGGGGAGGGGGAGGCGGAGGUGGGGGAGGCGGAGGCGGAGGCGGAGGGGGAGGGGGGAGGAGCAGAGCAGGUGGGCUGGACGGGAGUGGUGAGUACAUGGAUGAAAACUGCAAGUCUGGAGUAUCGUGGGGGAGUGGGGGGAAUGAUGUGGGGGAGUCAGGAGGGGAGGAGUCCGAGGGGAGUACGAGUAAGAUUCCGCGGUACAGUGGCAGCAGUAGGCUGCCUGUCCCUGGUGCAGUGAACGGUUGCCGUGCUGGGAGUGGGGGCAAGGUUUGGCGGUAG